UUUUUGUGGUUUUUGACACUUGCUGACAGACAGUGGUCGAUAAAAUAAUAUCAAUUGUUCGUAAUUUUAUAAAAUAAACGAGCAAAAUGGCUUGCAAACUCUGUGGUCCAAAACUUUCUCUCUGCGGGCUAGUUUUGAGUGUCUGGGGUAUCAUACAAUUGACUUUGAUGGGCGUUUUCUACUUUAAUGGAGCUGUAGCUCUCUUAGAAGAUUUACCACUUGGAGAAAAUCACCACAGCAUUGAAGAUUUCGUAGCUGAAGUGAAAAAUGGUUAUUCUCAGAAUGCAUACAACUGCUGGAUUGCUGCUCUGCUCUAUGUGAUCACUCUUGUAAUAUCUGGUCAUCAAUUCUGGAUGAACAAUCGUUCUUCAGUUAGCAUGUAAACAUACAAAGUACUUUAUAAGUACACCUCUGUGUUUACAGCUCCAUUCCAUUUAAUUUGAUUAGAAAAAUAAAAUACCCAAUGAAAUUACUCCUAAGAUUCUACCAAUUGUAUAAAAUACUUUAAAUUAAUCUAAAUUUAUUCCAUGUAAUGCUUAUUAAUUUUUAGGUAUAUUAUUUUUCUAACCAAAUGUAUCUAUAAUAUAGGUCUUGUUUCAAAAUAAAUAUUUAUUUCAGAACCAUAUUGGUCUGAGCAAUUUAAUUAAACAUUUAAAUCCAAUAUUGUAUUGAGAACAUUUGUCAUCCAGAAUAUUAGUACUAUAUUUGAAUAAAAGGUAAUCGGCACUUAAUAACUUUGUCAAGUUAAUUGAUAUGGCAACCCUCGCUGAUUAUUUAAUUUAUUGCCUCUACAAAGAUUACUCUUGUAAAAAUACUAUCUCAAUAGUUUGGCAAUGAAAUAGUCCCAUAUCCUGUGAAAGUAUUAUGUUGUUGAAUGAUCGCUAUAAAUUGUACAUAAAAUAACUGUAAUUAUUGUAGGUACAUUGUAAAAUGGUUCUAUAGUUUUUCUUGAAUUAAAUAUUAAUGUUA